AAAAUAUUGCAUGAGCGGUUAAGAUAUCAAUUUAAACACACGAUGUCUCUCAUCUCUCUCUCUCUUUUCUCUCGUUGUUGUGAUAUAAUCUAAGGUUUCUAAAUCUCAACUUUUGUUGUCUCCUUAAAAUUUUUCUCAGAAACAUCUCUCCGUCAUUUGUUCCUUAGUUUUGUAAUCAAUCUUCACGACUCCUCAGGCACUCUACUGGGAAUAUCUCUGUCUUUUCCUUUCUCCUUCAUUUCCUCUCUCACUCUUUCAAAAAUCCAGUAAUUAUUUUUAGGUACCUCGUUGAAGGUCAUAUGAGAACAGGAUCGGAGGUUCUCCAACGAUCGGAGUUGUUUCUUGAGAGGGAAUGGCUUCAACACCUUGUGCGGCAUGCAAGCUCUUGAGGCGCAAAUGCACUCAAGAAUGUGUGUUUGCGCCGUAUUUUCCACCGACUAAUCCUCAAAAGUUUAUAUGUGUUCACCGAGUCUUUGGAGCAAGCAAUGUAACAAAGAUCCUUAACGAUCUCCACCCUGACCAACGUGAAGAAACUGUUAAUUCUCUCUUCUAUGAAGCCGAGGCGCGUAUACGUGACCCAAUCUAUGGAUGCGUUGGACUCAUAUCCUUCUUACAACAAUACCUCAAGAAAGUCCAACAGGAUCUUGUCACUGCUAAAGAAGAGCUUUCUGGUUACAUGGGACCUGAUGCUGUGAUUCCGCCGCCUUACCUUCCUCCUCUAGGUAACAAUCCUCCACCCAAUUUCAUGAUGUCUAUGGAAGGAAUGCCACUUGGAGUGAUCCCUCAAGGAGAACCCUUGAUGAUACGUGAACCAAACUUGUCUCAGCAACAUCAACCGCAAGAUGAGCAGUUGCAAUUCAUGGCUUCUGAUGCACAGAGAAUUGCUGCAAUGAUGAUGGAGAGAGGGGAUCAACAAGGGAUGUUCAAUGGCUACGGAAUUGACAACAAUGGGUCGGUUACAGCCACGGGUUAUAACCAAAUGGAUGUGAAUGAUCACGGUGCUGGUGGGUCGUUGUCUGGACCAUCUCUUGCUUUAGGAAGCUUUGGUGAUCCUUAUCAGAUGGGUCAAGAGGCAGACCAUGGUCAUAUCAACCAUGAUCAAAUUCAGACACAGCUCAUGCUUCAGCCUCCAUUACAAGAAGGUCAAGAGCAAACAGAGGUAGGACAGUUUCUGAUGCAACCAAUGGGACAAGAGAAUCUCCAUGAAGAAGAGGAGGAUGGAGAGCUUGAACCACCGGUUAAAUGGAGGAAAUCUGAGAACAAGGAAGCUAGUUUUUAAGAGACAAUUGCAAUAAAAGAAUCAAAUACACUUUUUUCAU